GACGCGCGGCCAGAGGAGAGAGCAGUGCGCCCCGACAAGCGGUGCCCAACGUCCGGGCAGUACCCGGGCACCCCGAGUCGUCGCCGCCGCCUGGACCGGACCCAUGGAUGCUCAGGGCCGUGGACCCCGAAGCCCACUCUGGGCGGCGGCGCUUCUCCUACUGGGGUUCCAUCGCCUCGCGGUGCGCGCCGAGGGAAAGCUCUUUGUGUUGGAGUCUCCCAACUCCUCUCUGGGUCUGCAGUUGGAGGCAGCUCGGAGUUCCUGCAAGCACCGAGGCGCCCACCUGGUGUCAGCCGAUGAGCUGCGGAGGGUGGUCCAAGAUUGCGCCUUCUCAGUGUGUACCACGGGCUGGCUGGCAGAUGGCACCCUUGGGACAACCAUAUGUAGCAAGGGAAAUGGUGAACAGCAGGUCUUGAGAGCUGUUGAUGUGAGAAUUGAGAGCAAUCCAGUUCCUGGAAGUACAUACAAUGCUCUUUGCAUUAAGGAUGAAGAGAAGCCGUGUGGAGACCCACCCUCAUUCCCACACACAAUCCUGCAGGGACGCACUGGCCUGGAGAUGGGGGACGAGCUGCUGUACGUAUGCGCCCCAGGUCACGUCACAGGCCGCAGAGAGACAGCCUUCACCUUGCUGUGCAACAGUUGUGGGGAGUGGUAUGGCCUGGUGCAGGCCUGCGGGAAAGAUGAAGCUGAGGCACACAUUGACUAUGAAGAGAAUUUCCCUGAUGAUCGAUCGGUGUCAUUUCGAGAGCUCAUGGAGGAUUCCCGGACAGAGGAGGAAGAGGACAGGAGCCAGGGAGAGACAUCUGAGGAGGCUCCCAAAGGAGAUCGCCUUGUCCCUACCUCUGCAGGGAUAGAAAACAAGGCCCAGGGCUCCACCUUUGUCCCCACAACAGGUUGGCUCAGAGCUGGAAGCACCGUCCCCACAGCCCUGCCAGGGUCCCAACUAAACCAGAAGUACUUGUACUGGUUUCCCUCGGAGACCUUCCACAAGCCCUCGUUGGAAAAGGAGGUGGAGGACGACACCAAAAAACACUUUCCUGCUGGAGACAAUCACAGCGGCUUGACACUGGCCACUAGUGAACUGGAGGCGGAGGUGACCUCAGAUAGUGCUGCCACUUUCUCAGGGCCAUUUGUGGGCAAGAAAGACCACAGCAGGGCUGGAGACUCGAUGGUGAGCAGCAGUGAUGAGUCCUGGUUAGAUGGCUACCCUGUCACUGAUAUGGCAUGGAGGAAGGCAGGAGCCGAGGAGGAGGAGGAGGAUGGGGACAAGGGGGAUGGCUCAGUAGGGUUGGAAGAAAGUGUCCUAGUUACUGGCGGCCAGCCCGUCCUUGUGGAAAUCAAGAAGCCCAAAAGUACCACCCACACGACCAUAGUGGACACGACCCAUAGUUCCCUUCUCCCAUCUCAGACAUUCAGUUUAGAAACUUUGCCCCUCAGCCCCAUGAAUAUAUCUGAAACUACAGGUUCCAGAAAGGGGAGCAGUGACUUGAACCCGUCAACUGUCCCCUGGAGGUUUGCCACCCAGAAGUCUCCCGUGGCCACCCUGUCCUCCUCCUCGGAACUCACCCUCACCAAGCCUGCCCUGGAGACAGGCCCCGUUGUUCGGCAGAUACCUCACCACGUCCUCUCGACCAUCAUGGCAGCCACAAAGCUGCCAGUGGAAAGCACCACAGCUGAGAGGCAGGACAGUUUCCCCUACCUGCUCUCGGAGGACUUCUUGGAGCAGGAAGGCCCAGGCCCCCGUGCAAGUGAAGAGCAGCUGCCCACCUUGAAGCCAUGUUUUGGGGAUGAGUGUCCCCACCUCAGCCGAGGCCCUAUCAUCGCAACCAUUGUCACCGUCCUGUGUCUGCUGCUGCUCCUGGCAGGGGUGGGAGCCGUGUGGGGCUACCGCAAGUGCCAGCACAAGAGCUCCGUGUACAAGCUGAACGUCGGGCAGAGGCAGGCCCGGCACUACCACCAGCAGAUCGAGAUGGAAAAGGUCUAAGUCACCUCCCGAGGGAGAACACCCAGAGCCACUUGGCAGUGUGCAUGCCACAUGGAGCAACACUCGUCGUCCACUUGGAACUGGCCCCGGCAGAAAGGGCUCCUCUGUUUCUUUUCUCAGGUCUGUGUUCCAGAUGCUGAGAAGUGCUUAUGGGGGCUCCUGGCAGGGGCAGAAAGGCUUGGGUGCCCCCUCCUACACAACACUGUCUCCUCCACCAUCUAGGAUGUAUUUCACUAAUCCCAA